ACCUCUGCGUUUCAGAAUGUUACGAGCUUUGGGACGGACCGCUUACCUCACACGACUCACACCACAAUUACGACACCCGACCCUACGACAUCCCGCUUUUACCGCUAGUUUGAUAAAUUAUGACCAAAAUAGAUGGAGCAGUGCAAAUCCACAAAGGAAAGGUUUUCUUGGGAAACUUAUCGAGAACGUAAAGGAGGAACUGGAAAAGAAUAAAGAAUUACAAGAACAUCAAAAACAGUUACGCAAACGAAUGGAGGAAUUGAAUGAGAGUGAAGCUCUGAAAGAUGCUCGGAGAAAAUUCGAACUUGUGGAAAAAGAGACAAUGAAGAGUUCAGAAGUAGUCAAAGCUAAGUUAGAAGAGUUGAGCGAUCAGCUAAGCAAGAUGAUAAAAGAAGUACAAAAAACAGAAGCCGGUAAAGCGAUGACUGCCGCAGGAGCGGAAGCCCUGAAGCAGGCUAGGCUUGCUGCUGAACACGUAGAGAAGCUUGCUGAGAAGGUUGGGGAUACGGAAGUUUACAAACAAGUAUCAAGUUCCAUGAAAGUCGUAAAAGAUGAGAUUGAUACGAUUACUGAUGUUCGGAUGUACAGCCGGCCAGAGGUUUUGAAGAAAAGAACAGAAGGGUUUGCGGAUACGUUCAAAAACCGAACGGUUGAAGCAAAUGAGGAAGCCACCGGUGUAACUCUUCAUAAAGAAUCGCGAUGGUAUGCUGGAUGGAAGAAGUUCUCAGAAGAGAAUGCAUACUUCAAUAAACUUCUUGAUUGGAAGAUCAGGUACGAAGAAAGUGACAAUGUUGCUGUUCGAUUGAUGCGGGGCAUCACAGAGCGAAUUGGCAGUCUAUUUGGAAGCCACAACGAAGUUUCUGAGGUGCUAACUGAGAUAGCUAAGGUCGACCCUUCUUUUGACAAAGGAGAAUGGCUACGAUUUUGUGAGAAGGAAGUUAUACCAAACGUGCUCGAAGCAUUCAUACGAGGGGACUUGGAUGUGCUGCAAGAUUGGUGCCAUGAGAGGGCAUUCGUUGCGCUAUCGACUGUGAUAAAGGAGUAUCAGAAAAUCAAGUUCAGCACUACCGACUCUCGAAUCAUCGAUAUUAGCAAAGUGGAGAUGGUCUCUGGAAAAAUGAUGGAACAAGGUCCCGUUCUAAUAAUCACAUUCCAAGCGUAUAUGAUCAACGUUGUGAAGAACGCUGACGGUAAAGUUGUGGAAGGUGACCCGAAUACUCCUGUACGGGUACAUCAUGUAUGGGUAAUGUGCAGAGAUAUGGAAGAAUAUAAUCCAGCCGUUGCAUGGAAGCUUUUAGAAGUGCAUAUGCAACAGGGUCAACUUGCCUUGUAAAGCUACUCGAUCUCUUUUUUUUCUCUCAAUACUGCCAUAGGAUUUUGAAAAGUAGGAUAUGUAGAUUACCAUAGGUAUAGGUCGUUAACUCGUUGGUUCUUUUGCCUAUGCAGUGAGCAACUUAGCAUUGUCUUCUUAGUCCUUAUAAUGCUAUCACCCUUCCUUUUCCCCUUACAGUUGUCGAUAUAUGCUCAACCCAGGUACUUUCCCAUGUAUAAGUUGUUGAAAUGUUUAUGUGUAGUCUAUAUGUCUCAUCCAGUGAGCGUCUCUACUCUUCAAGACGGGUGUCUAUAACAGUUUGUUACUUGUUAAUUGUUGAGAUAAAUCUGCUCCACAGUC